AGCUGCUCUUUGGGGCCUGCCAUGGCAGUCUCUCUUGCCUUGCUGAGGGUCACAGGAUGGACACCUUCAGGGGCCACAGUUACCUAAUUGCUCUCCUCUUCUUCCUAUUCCAUUCAGAGACGACCACCUGCCACCCUAUGGGGCAGAGAGACAGCAAGAUGCAGGCCUUCAGAAUAUGGGACAUAAAUCAGAAGAUCUUCUACAUGAGGAAUAACCAACUAGUUGCUGGAUACUUGCAAGGACCCAAUACUGAUUUGGAAGAGAAGAUUGAUGUGGUGCCUAUAGAGCCACAUACUGUGUUCCUGGGGAUCCAUGAUGGGAAGCUGUGCCUGUCUUGUGUCAAGUCUGGCAAUGAGAUUAGACUUCAAUUGGAGGCUGUUGACAUCAAUGACUUAAGCAAGAACAAAGAGCAAGACAAGCGCUUUACCUUCAUCCGCUCAGAAAAUGGCCCCACCACCAGCUUUGAAUCAGCAGCCUGCCCAGGCUGGUACCUCUGCACGGCCAUGGAGGCUGACCGGCCUGUCAGUCUCACCAACAAACCUGAUACGGACUUCAAGGUCACCAAGUUCUACUUCCAGGAGGACUAGCAGCACUUCCCACUCCCCUCUCCCACUCCAACCCACUGAUGUCUUCAGAGACAGCCUCUGCACACCUGGCCAUGGUCUCCAUCUCUCUUAUGUGGGCCCUAAAGAGCAGCUUCAGUGAAU